AUGAGGCCGAGCAUCAGGCCUCCUCCUCUGCUGCUGGCGGCCUGCCUCCUCCUCUCCUCCUUCUCUCUCUCUCUGGAGGAGAGGAGGAGUCAGGAGGAGCUGUUCCUCGGCUCUCUGGGUCUCUCCGGCCGGCCUCGGCCCGCGGGGAGCCGGCAGGUCCCCUCGGCCCUCUGGAGGAUGUUCCGGAGGUCAGAGAGCCAGCAGGCCCGGGACAGCGACCUCUGCACGGUGUCCGAGUACGGAGUCCGCGGAAACAUCAUCCGGUACGUGCAGGACCAAGGCCGGCUGGUAUCUGGCUGGAGCAGCAGCUGUCAGGCCUGUCUGGAGAAGCAGCUUUACUUCAACAUGUCCGUCCUGCAGCCUGUGGAGCUGCUGUCUCUGGCUCAGCUGGAGAUCAAGUUCCACUGGAAGCUCCUGCAGGGGCCCCGGGCCCUCAGCGUGUCUCUGUAUAAAGUGAUCCGGGCCACGCUGAGGGGAGCCGACCCCACGGCCAGCCGCAGACUCCUGCUGUCCCAGUCGGUCCGGCUGCAGCCCGAGCCCACCUCCGUCGCCAUGGACCUGACCCCGCUGGCGGAGAGCUGGCGCAAACCGGGACGCAACUACGGUCUGCUUUUGGAGCUGCUGCCUCUGAGCACGGAUCCAGAGGAGCUGUUUCCCUUUCACCCCGGGAACUCCCUACCGUUGGAACCGGCCUUCCAUCUGCCGCUGAUCCAGGCCUCGCUGGUGGCCGUGUCCCUCAACCCCCACCAGUGUCGCUCCAGACAGAGGCGGAGCGCCGUCCACCUCCCAGUGACGCCAAGCAACGUGUGCAAGGCCCGCCGCCUCUACAUUGACUUUAAGGACGUGGGCUGGCAGGACUGGAUCAUCGCCCCGCAGGGCUACAUGGCCAACUACUGCCACGGCGAGUGCCCGUUCCCGCUCAGCGAGAGCCUGAACGGCACCAACCACGCCAUCCUGCAGACGCUGGUGCACUCCCUGGACCCGCACGGCACGCCGCAGCCCUGCUGCGUCCCCAUCCGCCUCUCCCCGAUCUCCAUGCUCUACUACGACAACAACGACAACGUGGUGCUCCGGCAUUACCAGGACAUGGUGGUGGACGAGUGUGGGUGUCGGUGAGGGCGGUGGGACAUUUCUAAUCUUUUUGGUCCAAAGUUAAGUGUUGAUGUGACUUAAAGGUGUUUUGAUUGUUCGUCAGAUCAGGUUUUCAGUGUACAAUGUUCAUUGCAGUACAAGAUUUUAAAGGAUUUAACAUUUGUAUUUGCUUUUUCAACCAAAAAUGUAGACACAUAUUUUGAUAUGAUUGCUGAUGUUAAUAAAAAUUGCAAUAAAUCUACAAUG